AUGGCAGAGAGCUUUUCGAGGGUAGGGCUCGCAGUGAUUGGAUCCCUGGCACUGGUGCUGGUCCUGCUGAAUGUGAUUUUCUGGUGGCGCUUCGUUGCAGCCACCGACCUGGGCUUGCACCUCAUCGACGGCACCUGCGAGCUCACGAGCGAGGAGUUCACGCGGCCGGUGUGGCCUCUGAAGAUGGGCUGGAGCUUCCCGAUGACGGGGCCCUCCUGGACGGACGUGCCCUGCCAGGUGCAACUGAAAGCGGAAGGUGAGGACACAGAGGUGAAGGGCAGUACGAUCCUCCACUUCACCUACUGGCAGGGCAUGGUCUGGGAAUACCUGAAGGACAGCUGCAGCCAUCUGGUGCCCAAGCUGAAGGGUGAGAAGUUCGACUGCGCCUUUGCCAAGGAUGGCUCUGGCGGCUUUUGGGCGGCCUACGUGGGGCAUUUUGAGGAACUGCCACACCUGCCGCGGCUGUUGUUGAUGAAGGCCUGCGGCCUCUCCUUCCUCACGCUGGGCCCCUUUUUGCUGAUCUGCGGCAAGACGUUGCAGGGCGCUUCAGCGGCCACAGCAAGGGAGAACGAGGACGAGCACAUGGAGUACCAGAAGAUGAUGGUAGAGCCCGACGGCAUUUGA